AUGCAUUAUGAAGAAGGAACAAAUAAUCGUGAAUUACUAUUAUGGAUUGUAGGUUUAAUAAUAGUUGAGCCAUAUUUAAUGUUAUACAGUCAAAAUAAAUUUGAUCAUGAAAUUCAAAUAUCAACAUUUGAAUUAAUAAAUAGUCUUAUAUCACUUGUACAUGAUAAAUCAAUGAUGUCUGAUGUAGCUCAUACAUCAAUAGAAUCUUUAUUAGUUUUACAUGAAAAUCAAAUAUUGAAUUAUGGAAUUCUGAACCAUCAAUAA